GCGACAUUAAGGACACCCGCUGCCGGAUCAUCACAGGAGAAGAACAGGCCGGAAGAAGGAUUCAGGAAUCAGCUGUCAAAAAAGUAUAAGCAACGGAUCAUAAGGAGAUAUGUUCAGAGCCUGUGCAGAGCACUGACUGGUCGCCUGCCUGUGAGUCUUACUGAACACAUCCGCCAAGAUGCCUGCAGUUUCCAACGGGCUCAGAGAGCUGUAUCUGUCCACUUCUCUGGGGGAACUCAACAAAAAGGCUGAAAUUAAGCCGGACAAGACAAGCACCCGGAACUAUGUUCAGAGUGCCUGCAAAAUCUUCAAGGCGGCAGAGGAGUGUCGUCUGGACAGAGACGAGGAGAAAGCUUAUGUGCUGUACAUGAAGUAUUUAACUGUAUAUGACAUCAUCAAGAAAAGACCAGACUUCAAGCAGCAACCGGAUUAUUACAUGACCAUGCUUGGGCCAAACAGCUUUAAGAAAGCCAUCGAAGCCGCAGAGAAACUCUCUGAAAGCCUUAAACUCAGGUAUGAGGAAGUUGAGGUUCGAAAAAAACUUGAGGAGAAGGAGAGACAAGAGGAGAAGAAAAGGAGGGAGGAAAUGAAAGAGAAAGAUAGCGGUCGAGGUGCUCCAAAAGUGUCUUCAGCAAACAAGAAGGACAGCAAAAAGAUAAAAGGAGAACAGAAUGAACUGAAGACUGAACUAAAGAAUACACCCUCCAAAGCUGCAGUGCCAGCUGGUGGCAUCUCAGCUGAGAAACUUUUCCACAUGAUGGAGGACCAGACAAUUACAAUAAUUGUUAUGGAUGCGCGCAGCCUCAGGGACUUUGAGGAGUCUCGCAUUCAGGUCCCGGGCCAGACGUGCAUUAGCGUGCCGGAGGAGGCCGUCAGCCCAGGAAUCAUUGUGACUCAGAUUGAGGGGAAGCUGCCAGAUGCGUCUAAAGAGCAUUGGAAGCGGAGGGGAUUUGUGGAUUAUAUAGUGCUGCUGGACUGGUUCAGUUCUGUCACUGACCUUAAACUGGGCACCACCUUGCAGAGCCUCAAAGACGCCCUCUUUAAAUGGGACAGCAUCACAAUCCUGCGUAGUGAGCCGCUGGUGCUGGAGGGAGGCUACGAGAACUGGCUGUUGUUUUACCCCAUGUUCACAUCCAACGCUAAAGUCCACCCUCCUCGACCGAAUAUCAUCAGCUCCCACCCCCAGUUGAACUUUAGCUACCCAUCCCUAGAGGAACCAAAGCCUGUGACCCCACCUCAACCAGAGCCCGAGGUGACACCCGAGCCUCAGGAGGCCUCCGCUCCUGUGCUGGUGAACGGGGUUGCACCAGCAGAACCCCCCACAUCAAAAACCUCCGAGGUUACUGACGGGCCGCCAGACUCUCUGGAGUCCACCGUCACCGGCUCGACCAAUUCUGGGCUAGACGUUAGUAAGAAGGGCCCUGCAGCAGGUGCAUCCAUUCAGACGCCUGCAAACAAAGCUUUCCCACAGUUUGACCGUACCAAGAAACCCUCUGUCUGUGUUACCGACGAGCCAAAGCCCGGCCAGAACGGAUCCAUGCAGAACGGCCCAAAUAUGCCCGACCGCUCUGUCAAACCAUCCAUCACCCCCAACAAUUCACUGUCUAAAGAAGAACAGAGCCAGAUACACUCUGAGGCUGUAGCAGGGAUGGAGAAGGCAAAGCAAGAGCAGGAGAAACGAAACCAGGAGCGUCGUGCAGAGGGUGAGAGACGGGAGAAGGAGGAGAAGGAAAGGUUUGAAAGGGAGCAAAGUGAGAAGAGGAAGAAGGACGAGCAGGAGAAUGGACCUCAGGAGAAAAAUAAACUGGAACGGCAGAAGGCAGAAGAAGACGAUAAAGAGAACAGGGUGUGGGACGACAAAGAGAGGAGGGGAAAGGAGCAGAACUCUGAACCUCCCUCCAAGAGUAUGUCCCUGGACUCUCCUGCUCCCAAUCAUAUCAGGGAGCCCCUGACCCGAGCAAGAAGUGAGGAGAUGGGAAGGAGUGUCCCAGGCCUUCCAAUUGGUUGGAUGAAGUUCCUGGACACGGUGACAGGGACCUACAGAUACUACCAUUCCCCGACCAACCGUGUCCACCUGUACCCGCCGGAGGUCACUGUUCCCCAGACCCCCCCCUCCACGCCGCCAACAGUUAAACAGAAACCCCCGCGGCCCGCUGAGCCAGACUCUACCCAGGACCAGGACCGGGAGCAGUCUAAACUGAAACGUUCCUACUCCUCCCCGGAUAUCGCCCAGGACCUGAGAGACGAGGUCCAGAAGAAAACCGCCACCCCCCCCACCGCUGCUGUCACACCCACCAUCAACAGAGAGACCAAGCCUGCCACUAAAGUCUAUUCUAAAGUGGAGAUCGCACGGCCGUCGGCUGCCAAAAUUCGCAACCUCAACCCUUCUUUUGGAGGUCUGGGUCCAUCGCUGACGGGCCUCCGCAACAUGGGCAACACAUGCUACAUGAACUCCAUCCUGCAAUGUCUGUGUAACACUCCUGCCAUGGCCGAGUACUUCAACAACAAUUACUACCUGGAGGACAUCAACAGGUACAACAUCCUUGGCCAUAAGGGCGAGGUGGCGGAGGAGUUUGGAGUGAUCAUGAAGGCGCUGUGGAGCGGUCUGUACAAGAGCAUCAGCCCGCGGGACUUUAAGGUCACCAUAGGCAAGAUCAAUGACCAGUUUGCUUGCUAUGACCAGCAAGACUCCCAGGAGCUGCUGCUGUUCCUCAUGGACGGGCUCCACGAGGACCUCAACAAGGCGGACAACAGGAAGCGGUACAAAGAGGAGGAUAACGACCAUAUGGAUGAUCAGGCAGCAGCCGACCUGGCCUGGAGCAAACACAAGCUGCUGAACGAGUCCAUCAUCGUGGCUCUGUUCCAGGGUCAGUUCAAGUCCACCGUGCAGUGUCUGACCUGCCACCGCAAGUCACGGACCUUUGAGACCUUCAUGUACCUGUCGCUGCCUCUGGCCUCCACCAGCAAGUGCUCCCUGCAGGAUUGUCUGAGGCUGUUCUCCAAGGAAGAGAAGCUGACGGACAACAACAAGGUGUUCUGCCGACACUGCAAAGCCCACAGAGACUCCACCAAGAAGCUGGAGAUCUGGAAGGUCCCGCCCAUUGUCCUGGUGCACCUAAAGCGAUUCUCCUAUGAGGGCAGAUGGAAGCAGAAGCUACAGACGUCUGUAGAUUUCCCUCUAGAAACUCUGGACCUGUUCCAGUACGUCAUUGGACCCAAAACCAACCUGAAGAGAUACAGCCUGUAUGGGGUUUCUAACCACUACGGGGGUUUAGACGGCGGCCAUUACACAGCCUACUGUAAGAACGGCCCCAAACAGCGCUGGUACAAGUUUGAUGACCACGAGGUGAUGGAAAUCUCCACCCCCUCCGUCAAGUCCUCCGCAGCCUACAUCCUGUUUUACUCCACCCUGUGAUGGAGCCGUAGGACACAAAGAGAGAGCACCACACCAGACGCUAAAGCCUGGAGGUUGUUUUUUCUUUUUAAAUCACAGCUGAGGACCUGCCUGGCGCACAUGGCUGCGGGUCGACUAGUCGUGUUUGUGCACGCUAGUGGCGAUUAGAAGAUCGCAGAUGGGAGGAAGGUGUAGGCACACUGUGCAAUGCUUCAGCUUCUAGAGGACCCUAUACCUGUUAAACAUGCCGUCUGUUCUUAUUACUGAUCAUCUAGUGACUAACUGAGGCUCCUUUUACUUCUCGAUGGGUGUGUGUAGGGCUGACGGCUGAUUCAGAUGCUCUUCAUUCUUUUCUGCCCUCGGUGCGGACGGCUGUAUCGCAGAACAGAUCGUUUCUGUGUCUACAGCCGAGUAACAGUUUGAUGCCAUGUACAUACUUACCAAUGCUGAUGUUGCACAUUCAAAAUGUAAAUACCGGAGGGCAAGGUGUUUAUCUGUUAAGUGACCAAAUUAUCUUCUUUUUUUUUUCUUGAAAGUAGCAGCCUUCAUUGUAUCAUCAUAUAUAAGACACACUGUGUAGGGGUUUAAAGGGAUAUUCAACCCCAACAUCAAAGAUGUAUGUUUCCCCUCUCACCUGUAGUGCCACUUAUCUGUGGAUUAUCUUGAGUCACUGGGCCCUGAUCUCUACAUUGCUUUGUUUCUUUUUUCUCAAAUGGAAUUAUUGAUGUUUGAGCAACCAAGUGCUAUUAUAGUUGAGAGGAAGCAGACAUUUUCCACAGCCCAAAUCUCUUAACUCUCUGCAACUCCCACAUUGAAACAAUCUGUGUUGAUAAACAGCACUACAGGUAAGAGGAGAAAUAUGUGUUUAUGAUUUUGAGGUAAACUGGCCCCACUCUAUAGCCUUCUGGUCUUCAUGGGAUGGAAGAGGCCGUGUGUGUUGGCUUUUGCAUUCUUCCUUAAGCUAGGAUUGAGAUUGUUGCUUGUUCAUAUUAGCCACAUUGUUGCACUUACACAAUAUGCAAUUGGUUUAAGUUAAUGUAUAACACUUUGUUUAACAGCAGACAUUGACACUCCACUCUUUCAUACGAUGCUGAUGCUGAGAGCUUGUCUGUCUCUUCCCAGGCAGUGACAGAAUAAACCACCUGCAGAAUUCUCUGUUCGCACACUUAACUCUUUACAUUCAUAUAUUCAGACACAACUGCUAUUUAGAGGGAACAUUACUGGGAUUACUUUGCAUCCUUCUUGGCGUUUACCAGUUCUGCUGGUUUCCAGAAGGCUUUAAUUUAGAUUUAUAUCAUUUUAUUUCUGUGUUCAGUACUGACCCGAGAGAAUAUGAAGUCAUGAGAAAAUGACCUUGAUCACUUACACGAGUGUGUUAGCGUCAACAUUUUCUGCCUGACCGAGUGACUGACUAGCAAGCACAAAGUGAACUGAUGUUUCCUCUGAAGGACCUGAGGCGGCAGGAUUUGACUUCCUAUGUAAAGUUGUAUUGCUUAGCAUGAGAUCAUAAUCUGUUUUCUUUUUACUUGUACAUGAUGAUUUUAUUACUUAAUGCUCUGGAAACAAUUAGUUUCUGAUAUAACGAUUAUAUUAACCUCAAACAACUCAUAUGACUAUUUAUUAAAACUGCUUCAAAUUAA